AUGUCCAUCAUCUUCUUUGACAUUGCUUCCGGGCCACCGCUCAGGACAUUUGCGCCGAAUCCGUUCAAAACACGUCUUGCUCUAAACCGCAAAGACAUUUCGUACCGGACACAAGCAAUWGACAUGCCAGACAUCACCGCCGUUCGUGAGAAGUUAGGUGUACCUGCCAACCGUACCCUACCUGAUGGUAGCCCUUAUCACACUCUUCCGGCCAUUCAAAAUCUCUCGACUGGAGAGGUCAUUGGAGACUCAUUUGAAAUUGCCCUGUACCUCGACAGAGUCUUUCCAGACAGUCCACGACUAUUCCGUCCAUCAACGAUCGGCUUAAGUGCAGCCUUCAACGCCCAAGUUGACGCAAUCUUCACGACAUACGUUGGGUUGGCGGAUCAGAUGCCAAUUACAGAUACUGCAAAAGCAGUCUUUGUUCAGAGACACGGGGUGAGCUCGUGGGAAGACCUUCGAUUGGAGCAAGGGAAACGACAUGAGUUGUUUAAAGAAUUCGAGGCAGCUCUGGGCGAACUCGCAAAGGCAUACAAUCACACGGGCGGAACUACCGACCAUGUCUGGCGACCUACCGGGACCGACCCGGCUCAGAAGCAGAGGCCUCCUCCGGAAUUGCGGCAGGCCGGUCCCUUUCUUGAUGGAGAUGAGCCUGUCUAUUCCGACUUCAUUGUUGGAGCGUGGCUGAACACGAUGAAAGCGAGCAUGCGGUCAGAAGAAUGGCAGUGUGUGAGCGAAUGGCAAGAAGGUCUAUGGGGAAGGGUGCUUGAGGCUCUCGAGGAAUGGACUGAUAUGAAAUCUCUUUAUGCUGUCCAGGUAACUAACACAGAAGGCAUCGCACUAACGUCUGAAACUCACCAACGAAGCGUCGCCAUCAUGUGGAGACUCACACUUAUCAAUGUGCUGCAUCUGGCAACAUCGAUCAACGCACAACGAUAUGACGGUCAGUUCUGGCCCUGCAAUCCACUGAAGAACGCAACAGGCGCCUGCCCGCCAACUCGGGGACUACCAACAAGCACAUACUCGGUCGACUUUACGAAGCAAACCUCGAUACCUGCAAACUGGACAAUUAGCAACUGGGCUACUGUGAACUUUGGGUCUCUUGGAGCGGAAUUCACCUUCAACAAACGAUUUGACAGUCCACAAUUAUGGACCGAUUUCAGCAUAUUGUUCGGGCGAGUCUCCGUCGUGGCUCGGGUUGCUAAUGGUACUGGCAUGAUCAGCUCGGCAGUGCUCAUCAGCGAUGCCUUCGACGAGAUCGACUUUGAAAUGUCGGGAAACAACUUUGGUCAUCCAGAAUGGAGCGCCGGCAAGGGACAAAACAACUACUUCGGCAAAGGCAUUACGGGAAACUAUGAUCGUGGCAGCUAUUUUGAUAUCGCAAACCCACAAGGAUCGUUUCAUACAUAUACAUUUGACUGGUCGCCCACGGAAUUGAAAUGGCUCGUUGAUGGCAAAGUCGUGAGGACGCAUCUUGCCAGCGAUAGCGACAAGACUACGCAUCAGUACCCACAGACGCCUUCAAAGUUUCAACUUGGRAUAUGGGCUGGUGGCGAUCCUUCUUCGAAUCAAGGAACCCGAGAAUGGGCUGGAGGAUAUACGGAUAUGGAGGAGUGGAGAUUGGAGGAGCAUUGCUUUGUUGCAGAAGCCACUGCCGGAUGUGAGCGGGAGUGCGGUGUCAUCUUCGAAGCCUGUGGCUUCUACGUCAAAGAGUACUUCCUCAUCUGUGGCACCGUCUGCAUCAAAGAGCUCUACUGGUCGUGUGCCACCGAGCUCGACUGUUGGGCCUUUGACGACGACUUCCUCUUCGAGACCUGUGACUUUAUCGCGUCCAACGACCCUCACAAGUGCUACACCAUCGAUCUCGACUGUCAAGCCUUCAAGUUCGACUGUCAAGCCCUCAAGUUCGACUGUCAAGCCCUCAAGUUCGACUGUCAAGCCCUCAAGUUCGACUGUCAAGCCCUCAAGUUCGACNCAAGUUCGACUGUCAAGCCCUCAAGUUCGACUGUCAAGCCCUCAAGUUCGACUGUCAAGCCCUCAAGUUCGACUGUCAAGCCCUCAAGUUCGACUACUCCUGUGAAGGUGGUGUCGACAAGUUCGACUGUCAAGGCUCCCACGUCUGCUGGAACUUCCAAGCCAUCGAGCGCUCCGUCGCAGUCCUCUCCAAAAACGAACUCCAGCAAUGGGUCAACUCCCGCUGUUCCAAAGCAGCCAACAGCAACAGCAACUUCAGUUGUGAGCAAAACCUCUGGUUCAAAUCGACCCACUGCAACCACCGUAAGUGGGACCAAAUUUGUGUAUUCCUAUACCUCGACAACCAAGUGUACUACCACUACGACGCCCAAACCCACGCCAACGCCAUACAAGGUCAGAUUGGGCAAGGCGAGUGCAGAUAGUUGGCGAUGGAAUGGAUGGAGCAAUCAGUGGYACGGCCAUCGCAAGCCAGCUGCGAGAAGACGCCCUACUCAUACUCAUAGACGUUAG